GACGCAGCGUCCAUCGGCACCAGCCGUCCUCCGCCCGGACACCGAGGACCAGAACCCGCCUCCCGCACCAAACUCCCGCCGCCAGGCACGACGCUCGUCGUAAACCCCGCGUAUCUGCCUACGUCACUUCCGCGCCUCAUGCCCAUCCCAUAGGAAAAAAGAAAAGAAGAAGAAGAAAAAAAGAAAAAGAAAAGCAAACCCUCGCAGGCGAGCGUCGGCGAGAAAAAGGAGCGAGCGAGGGAGCGAGUGAGGGGGGAAGCAGGAGCGGGAGUCCCGGAGCCGGAGGAGACUUGUUGGUUGGGAGAUCUCGGAGGGAGCCUUGACCCGGACAAAACGCCUCACGCUAUGCCACUCCACAAGUCGUCCCGGGCCCCUCGCCUGGACCCUACCAUGAUCUCAGCCCCGCUUGGUGACUUCCGCCACACCAUGCACAUCGGGAGGGGAGGCGAUGCCUUUGGCGACACCUCUUUCCUGUCGACGCAUGGGCCGAGCUCACCCAGCUCUGGGCUUGGCGCUCCAGGGGUCAUACCCGCUGAUGACUCUCCGAUCCCGAACGAGCACAAUGAUCUCACAACAGAUGAUUUGGGAAGCCCACAGAACAAUGGACUUACACACUCUGAGUCAGUAUCCUCGUUCACCUUGGACCUGGACCUGGAUCUGGGUCCAUCUAUCCUGGGGGAUGUUUUAGGGGUGAUGGAUGGACUGGGGCUCGACCCCGAGUGGUCAGGCACCAAUGAGGAGGAGGUGUUUAGUCCCAACAGAAGUGCAGCUGCACAGGAAACGAAGCUGGGGAAGGGAACGACGGAGCAGGUGUCUUUGAGUUUGCAGAAUGAGUUGAAUGACAAGACGCUGGCUGACAUGGAUGGAGACCAGAUGAGAGAUAAAGGAGAUGGCAGGCUAACAGAUGGGAACGGGAUCAAGCCAAAGGGGCUGAGGCCAAAAGUGAGAUUCAGCGAUAAGCGAGAGGAAAUCAUCCGCCAGGCAUCUGAGGAGGAAGACGGUCAGGGGUUCGACUUCCAGGAUGACGAUGAGCUUGAGUGCCGCAGCCCAACGGCAGGCGAGAAUGAGCAAGGUACCCAACCGGUUGGUGGAGGUGACGCAGAGAUCCCCAGUCGGAAAGCAGACAUGCCGCCUAGUCCCGCCUCUUCACAUAGCUCUGAGUACGAAGGAAUCAACCCAUUGGACAGGAGGAGAGCUGACAACUGUCAUUCAGAGACUGAUUCUGAGGAGGAGGAGGAGGAGGAGGAGGAGGAAGCGGGUAACGGUGGACGGGGCUACACGUUUGAAGACGAGUUCGAUGAUGAGAUUGGUCUAUAGGAGGUAGCCAUGCCAUGACUUACUCAUGAAAUCAGUUCUUUGCUGUCAAGUGAACCAGUUAUAGCACAUUAUUCCUAAUUCACUAUUCCGGUGUGGUAUUGAUGGGAGAUUUACGCUGAGGGAACAUUUGUGACCGAACGGACUUGUCAAGACUUAAGAAUCAAAAUUAUAUGAUUUAAAAUGUUCAUCAUAAGUUGUAGAGGAAGUUCCUCAACUGGAAAAAAAAAAAAAGUAUUCGUCUACGUUUGUGAAAGAGUCGUAACGGACUUUACAAGGUAUGAGCCGAGAAACAAGAAAAGUACUUUGUGUGGUGGAGUUAGUAAAAGGAAAGGUUUGUAGCACUUUGACUCAUUUCAUGCACCUGCUAACUUUGCUGUUGGACGGAGGUUCGGGGGGGGGGGGGGAUGUUGAAUUCAGGCAAACCGCAUGAUGCUUACGGGGAAAUUUUUAGUUUUGCAAUGAGAAAGUUUAUCGAUGAAAGUGCAUACGACAGCUUUAAAGUUUAUCACUUUAUUAUGAAGAUUUUUUUUUAAUAUGAUGGUGCCUUAAAGGGAGCUGUAUAAGUUCUAUAAUUAUACUCUUUCGUAUAUCAUUGUCCAAAUAGUUUCUUGUCAUAUUGCAUGUUUUCUAUUAGUCUUAAUGUCGUCACUUGAUGUACGGUGCGUCCGACUAGCUGUAAAACCAUAUGCUCCUCAUACGGAAAACCGCUGUGCUGAAAUAAGAGGUAUCCCGGGUGGUUCCGAGGCGCCGUGAACCGCUCGCCUUCCCAGUUUCCAUAUGUGUAUUACCUCUGGCUCUGAUCCAGUGAAAACGUAUUUUAUCCGUCUCGUCUGUGUGUAUUAUUAUUAAGUUGCUGAUGACAUUAUUACCAAAGCUCUUACUCUUGCUUAUUUUACCUGGGGGCUGUGGGUGGGCUACUACAAGUGCUGUGAUCACUGACCGUCUUGGAAUUUCCAGGUCAGUCAGAUUGUGGAUCAGGAACGGCAUGCCUAUUUUUGUACAAGCGUUAUGCAAUGCCUCUUUUGAAAUGAUUGUUUAACAAUGGAAAGGGGAAAUCUCUUGCGAGAGACCGUUUUGUUCAUCUCCGUGUGACCUGUUGGAUGUGCUGGUGACUUAAAAACACCUUUCUGUGCUGGAAGCGUGUUUUGCCUCAGUUUUCCCUUCGUUAUCCUGUGGAUUUAUAAAGAUUGAAAUAAAUAAAAAGACAAAAUUGGGAGUUGA